ACACGCCCACUCUGCGGCCUCGCGCCUGCGCUCUCGCACCGCCAGUGGCUGCAGUGAAGACAAAAUGGAGAUAGUGAACCAGAUUGUGGCCAGCGGCUCCUUUCGCGUGGCCAAGGAACCACUGGGCUUCAUCAAGAUCCUGGAAUGGAUUUUUGCCAUCUUUGCGUUCGCCACUUGCGGCAGCUAUUCCGGAGAGUUCCGCCUCAGCGUCGAGUGCAUCAACAGAAGCGAGAGCGACCUCGACAUCAGGGUGCAGUUUGAGUACCCAUUCAGGCUGCACCAGGUGUACUUCGACGCGCCCACCUGCCGGGGAGACAGGACCGAGCGGUACUUCCUGACCGGUGACUACUCCUCGUCGGCCGAGUUCUUCGUCACCAUCGCCGUCUUCGCCUUCCUCUACUCCACGGCCGCCACCAUCGUCUACUUCUUCUUUCAGCCCAAGUACCGGGAAAACAACAAGGGCCCCAUGAUCGAUUUUGUCGUCACGGUGAUAUUUGCCUUCCUCUGGCUGGUCAGCUCCUCUGCCUGGGCAAAGGGUCUCUCAGAUGUCAAGACGGCCACCGACCCGGACGAGAUUAUCGAACUCAUCCAAUCGUGUGAUACGAGGGAUAACUCCUGCAACGCCCUGCAAGAUCCGGUCAUGUCUGGAUUGAACACUUCCGUGCUCUCUGCUUUGGAGGCGAUAGAUAGGGGAAGACCAUGUCACAUCUGUGCAGAGCAGUGUCCAGGAUAUGUGGCUCAUGGCUGGAGGAAGAUCUGCCUCCUGUGUAAGUGCCCUCGGGAGGAACACGCUAUCAAGGCCCUGCCCUCUGAGCUGGAGAGCGUGGUCUACAAGAUGGUCAGCACCUUCCAUCGUUUCUCCAUCUCGGACGACGACUCAGGCUGCGCGCUGGAGGAGUACGCCUGGGUUCCGCCCGGACUGAAGCCCGAUCAGGUUUACCAAUACUUCAGCUGUCUUCCAGAAGACAAGAUUCCCUACAUAAACAGUCCGGGAGAAAGAUACCGGAUCAAACAACUCCUGCGGCAACUGCCCCCUCAUGACAGUGAGCCUCAAUAUUGUAAUAGUCUGGAUGAGGAGGAGAUGAAGGAUUUGAAGUUGUUUAGUCAGCAGCGCAAGCGGGAGAAUCUGGGCCGUGGGACUGUUCGGCCGUUCCCUGUGACUGUUACAGGAGCGAUCUGUGAGCAGUGCGGACGCCAGAUCCCAUGCGGUGACCUCGCCGUGUUCGCCAGCCGGGUGGGUCACGGCGCCUUCUGGCACCCGGAGUGCUUCACCUGUGCCGUCUGCAGCGAGCUCCUGCUGGACCUCAUCUACUUCUACCAGGAUGGGAAGAUCUACUGCGGGAGGCAUCACGCCGAGCAGCUUAAGCCACGUUGCCAGGCCUGCGAUGAGAUCAUCUUCACCAGCCAGUGCACAGUGGCCGAGGGACACCACUGGCACAUGAAGCACUUCUGCUGCUUCGAGUGCGAGGCCCCACUGGCUGGGCAGCGGUACAUCAUGAAGGCCAGUCAGCCGUUCUGCUUCCCCUGCUUCGAGGCCCUUUACGCCGAAUACUGCGACACCUGUGGGGAGCAUAUCGGCAUUGACCAGAGCGAGAUGACCUACCACGGACAGCACUGGCACGCUACCCAGCUCUGUUUCCGCUGCGCGGCCUGCGGCCUCCCCCUGCUGGGCCUCCGCUUCCUGCCCAAGCAAGGCCAGAUCUUCUGCUCCAAGGCCUGCGCCCAGGCCUGUCAACUCGAGGCCUCCGACUCCUGCGACUCGGCCCUGCAGGGAGGCCAGGCCAGGCCGAAGGGGAGGCGCAGGGCCUCCGGGACAGGCCGGGCCUCGGCCAAGGGGAUGGAGGCCCGACCUUCCGCCCGGGCCCGGGCGGAGGGCAAAGGUCACCGGGCAGGGUCGGAGGGCGGGAGCCCGGCAACAGCCUCCCCGAGGCCGGGGGCCGGAGAGCGGACGGACACCGUGCCUCAGGACCCCGAUGUCACGACGCAAGCCGGGCCGGCAAGCCAACUCGACAGGGGAGUGACAGAUUUUGUAGGUGACAGGAAGCCGGGACCGAGGGACCCUCGACUCUCCAGGUCUGAACACCGCGGGCGAGUUGGUGACGAGGACAGCGUGAAGGGAUCGGAACAGCGGGGGCCUCCCCAGCGUCGAGUCAGGCCGGCCGGGCAGGGAGCGCCGCCCGGGGAGCAGGCCCCGCCAGCGGCCGCGGAGCCGGCCGGCGGUCAUCCCGCCAGACAUCGGUGGGCUAAAUGGCCAGGGGGGCACCGAGAUGCCCGGCCGGGGCUCGAUGGCGAGCGGUGCUCCUCCUGCUCCUCGUCCUCCGAGUCGGAGGAGGACGGCUUUUUCCUGGGAGAGCCGAUCCCGGCGCCCCGCUACCUGCGGACUCCGGCGAGCCCGCCACUCCGGCCACCGGACUCCCAGAGAGGCCCGACGGACAAAGGCUGCCGGGUGUCUUAGGCCUCGGGGGUCCGAGUCCAGACGCCAAGGCCCGCGGAGUUCUGGUUGGGGCCUUGGGCCGCCAUUUUGUGCCCGUUGGCCAUGUCAGGUGGCCAUUUUGUGCCCGUUGGCCACAUCAGGCAGCCAUUUUGUCUUCGCUCGCGUGGAACGAGGGGCCCGGGAAUUGACCACCCCCCCCCCCCCCAGGAGCAAAUACAGCAGGAAUGUGACCACGAGAGGCUGGCGGGUGUU